UCCAGCCAUUGGCACCUUUUUUUUACACAAACGCAAAGAUGGCAUCAUCACGAACUCUCUGUGUGUCUCUUUUGUUGCUUUUGUUGGUCUCAGUUUCUUGUUCCUACGCAACUUCUCGUCUCAGCAGUGACCGUGUCAGUGCCAAACCACCACUAUCACAAGCUGAAAGGCUCAUAAGAAGUCUUAACCUAUCUCCAAAGAAACCAGUUAACAUUAUUAAGGGUGACGUUGCUGAUUUUGUUCCUGGAAAGAUCGUAGAGAAGAAGUUCUCGUUUCUUGGUGAUUCUGGGCCUUCCAUCGAAGACCUUGGUCACCAUGCAGGUUACUAUUCACUUCCUCAUUCCAAAGCUGCAAGGAUGUUCUACUUUUUCUUUGAAUCACGAAACAAAAAGGAUGAUCCUGUUGUCAUAUGGUUAACUGGAGGACCAGGAUGUGGCAGUGAAUUAGCUUUGUUUUAUGAGAAUGGUCCUUUCCAUAUUGGUGAUAGAUUGUCUCUUACAUGGAACGAUUUCGGAUGGGAUCAGGUAUCAAAUAUAUUAUUUGUUGACCAACCUACAGGCACAGGAUUUAGUUACUCAUCUGAUGAUAGCGACAUUCCUCAUGAUGAAAAAGGCGUCAGCAAUGAUUUAUAUGACUUUUUGCAAGAAUUUUUCAAGGCUCAUCCUGAAUUUGUUAAGAAUGACUUUUAUAUUACUGGAGAAUCAUACGCUGGACAUUAUAUUCCAGCAUUGGCAUCCCGUGUUAACCAAGGAAAUAAACAAAAUCAAGGAAUUCAUAUAAACCUCAAGGGUUUUGCUAUUGGUAAUGGGUUAACAAAUCCUGCAAUUCAAUAUCCAGCAUACCCAGAUUUUGCAUUAGACAAUGGAAUAAUUACAAAGGCUAAUUAUGAUGAUAUCAAAAAGUUGAUCCCAGAUUGUGAAAAAGCAGCCAAAACUUGCGAAACUCAAGGCGGAGAAAGUUGCGGGGAAGCGUUUGGUACCUGUGAAAACAUAAUCGGACAAAUCCUGAACAUUGCUCCCGAUAUUAAUUACUAUGACAUCAGAAAGAAGUGUGAGGGGCCUUUGUGCUAUAACUUCGAAAACGUGGAGAUUUUGUUAAACCGAGAUGACGUGAAGAGUGCUUUAGGUGUGGGGAAAGACUUGGAGUUUGUUUCAUGCAGUAGUACAGUUUAUGAAGCUUUGAACCUAGAUUGGAUGCAGAACUUGGAAGUGGGGAUUCCUGCUCUUCUUGAGGAUGGAAUCAAGUUGCUUGUUUAUGCUGGGGAAGAAGAUCUCAUAUGCAAUUGGCUUGGGAAUUCAAGGUGGGUUCAAGCCAUGGAGUGGUCAGGCCAAAAGGCCUUUGGAACAUCUCCAACAGUGAAAUUUGUGGUUGAUGGUGCAGAAGCAGGGUCUUUGAAUAGCUAUGGACCUCUCUCUUUCCUCAAGGUGUACAAGGCCGGACACUUGGUCCCAAUGGAUCAACCAAAAGCAGCACUUCAGAUGUUGAAAAACUGGAUGAGAGGGAAUCUGACCAAAACAGAAUGAUCACCUCAAAACCGAAACCAAACAUCCACCGAUAUGGAUUGUGAUCACAGUUAUUAAUGCGUACAUGAUUUCGUGUGUAAUAUUUGGAGGGUGGAUUUUAUUUUUUUUAUGAAUAAUAUGUGCAUUGUCCAGCCUUAUUCCUAUUGUAUUGAAUGAUCUUUAUACAAGAAAAUGUCAAAUGCAGAAUAAACAAUAAAAAAAUAUUCAGCCUUA